AAAAAAUGGACAUAUCACAUCGAGGACUCCAAACUUGGAUCAUUCUUGGAAAAUGGAAAUAUUCCAAAUAACUCCUCCGCGCAAAUGGAACGAAAGUCCCGURUAGUCUACACCGCCGAUUUCUGUGCAAAUCGUGUUGAUUGAUACAAAUAAUAUAUGUGUGUUUCCUUUACGGCGCGUACAAGAUUUUUCCUCGAUUAUCUUCAUAUAGGACACGAUUUUCACAAGCUCCAAUUGGACGCAGGUAUGGCGGGAMAAAUCGAAGCCGUUCAGAAAACUGAAUGUAUGAAUCCAUUCUCAAGCGUUUUCUAAAUGGCACUCUGGAUUUCUCUUGAAUUUUUUGUGCGGCUGUGUUGAGGGAAUUUAGAUGGCUUAUAUGAACCAUUGCCUUAAUCUGAAAUCUGUAUUGGGCUGAAAUUUUGCGUCAGUAGUGAUCUAAAAGGGGGCUUCGAACACGUGAUUUAGCAAAUGACUGGUUUUCUUUCACUCUGAGAGGUAGAUGGUCUUUGUAGCUUUUUUUAUAGCUACUAUUGUGCUAAUUUUGUGAUUUAAUUGGCACUGGAAGAGAUGGCUGAAUUUGUUUGUGAAGAAAACUGUCGUGUGUUGUGAGAGCAAAUUGUGCAUUAAAAUGGGACCUCAUAUAGUUAGGUCCAUCGCAAAAAGAUACCAUCAUCUCAGUAUGGUUGUUAGAUGUAAAACAACAUCUUCCCAGUAUGUUGCAUCAAGAGCUAGAGAUCCAACAUUUGAGAAACUGAUGGAUAAGUACAAAAAUUUUCUCAAAGUGGUUGCAGUCCAAGACCUUAUCCUUGCUAAUCCAAGAAAUCAAUCAGUAUCUCUAGAUUUCCUCUCAAGGCUUUCCCAGAAGCUCCAUCUCAAUCGUGGGGCUCCCUCCUUCCUUCGCAAAUAUCCUCAUAUUUUCCACAUAUUCUAUGAUCCAAACAAAUCCCAGCCAUUUUGCAGAUUAACAGAUGCUGCCACCCUAAUAUUUCAUGAGGAAGCGGAUGCUAUCAACGCUUCAUUGCCUCAGGUUGUUGACAGAUUAGUCCGGCUUUUAUCAAUGUCGAAUUCUAAAAUGUUACCACUGCGUGCAAUUUACAAAGUAUGGAGGGAGCUUGGCCUUCCUGAUGAUUUUGAGGACUCUGUGAUAUACAAACACUCUCAUAUUUUUCAGCUCUGUGAUGCGCAUGAACCAAAUACUCAUUUUUUGAAGUUGGUCGAUGACAUUCCGAGAAAUCAUUUCAGAGCAGCUGUUGAGAAAUGGAGAGUUACUGAGUGUUGUAAAGAGGACUGCACCAUUGAUGAGACAGAAAUCAAGUACAGUUUUAAACAUAGCUGCCCUCCGGGGAUGCGGUUGAGAAAGAAUUUCAAGGCCAAGGUUAAGGAAUGGCAAAGGUGUCCAUAUACUGGACCAUAUGAGGGAAUAUUUGAAAACAAGUAUGGGAAUACUAGUAUGGCACUGGAAAAGCGAGCAGUUUCAAUUGUUCAUGAAUUCAUGACUUUGACUGUGGAAAAGAUGGUGGAAGUAGAGAAAAUCAGCCAUUUUAGGAAAUGGUUUGGCAUUGAACUAAAUAUAAGAGAUCUAUUCUUGGAUCAUCCUGGGAUAUUUUAUUUGUCAACCAAGGGAAAGAGACAUACUGUUUUUCUAAGAGAAGCUUACGAGAGGGGGUGUUUAAUAGAUCCAAAUCCAGUUUAUACUGUAAGGAGAAAACUCCUAGAUUUAGUUGUCAUGGGGCGUCGUGGUUUAUCUCAUAGCGGCUUAAGACAGAAGGUGAAUCAAAUUAACAGUGAAGAUGGUGACUUGCCUCUAGAUAACAAAURAAUGAAGGACAAUAUUUAUGUUCUUUCAACAAGUGUUUCAAAGCUUGUUAACGACCCUAGAGUUGGUGAAUUUAUUAUUGAGCGGUAUGAAGUAAUUUGUGAAACAUUGGCAUCAAUCUGAAAGCACAAGAAGAAUGCUUUAUUUUUUCCAUGGCGUUAUUCUGAGUGCAGAAAGCUGGAGGGAUUGCCCCUUCUUAAAUAAUAUAGAAAUGGGAGAAUGGGCUAUGUUGCUGCACCUUCUUACAGAUGUGAAUAUCAAUCUUUCAUCAGAGGGUUGAAGAGCAUGGAGAGCGAAUAAUUCAUCGAGUUAUGUUUCGAGARGUUUAAUGAGAAAUGACAAUGUUGACACAGGUAAUGCUAAUGGCACUGAGGCUGUAGAUUUAGGGAUGAUUUGGUGUUCUAGCAAAUUGCUUUACACUGAUCUAGUUUUGCUCGUGAUGUAAACUUCUGGYGACUAUUUUCAACACUAUUUUUGCACAGAUUUAGGCGGUUUUUAACAUUCUGGUGAUGCAAAAGCUUGAAUCAAAGUUGCUUUUCUUCCCCUCUAUUGUCGAAKUCUUCUUCAUAUUUUUGUUUCGAGCUUUUACUGCCAUAAAUUUGUUCGGUCUGUCUAAAGAUGAUGGAUCUGUAUUUUGCCAUGCAGCGUUUUUAUCCAGAGUUAUUUAGUCCCCGAGUAUUUAGAGUUGUA